GGAGUGUAUCGGCAGCCUUAUAUUUAUCUAGCAGGCAGGCUUAUAAACGCUUAGCUACUUCUUUGUAAAAAUCAAGCAAAAAAACGAUAAGAUUGUCUGAAACAGAAGUACAUACGGUAGCUAGCUACUUUAGUUUUGGGUGAGAGAAAAAAAAAACAUCCAACACGCUUACUACGUCACUGAUCAGGAAGUAGCGGGGAACUUCCACUCCUCGCAACUGUAUAUCAACGGUUGCUACCAGUACCACGGAAGAAAUUUCCUUAUUCAUGUCAAAAUGUCUGGAGACAACGUUAAUCAUGCAUCUAACAGCAAAGGCAUCUCUCUUCCAAUGACUCGCGUGAAAAUGAUCAUGAAAAGUUCUCCCGACGUCUCAAGCAUCAACCAAGAGGCUCUUCUCAUCACCACCAAAGCAACAGAACUGUUCGUUCAGUACUUGGCUCUGUCCUCGUUCAAUAAUGGAUCCGGGAAAGACAAUAAGACACUCUUGUACAGUGAUCUGGCCAAUACUGUUGAGGGAACAGAGACUUUUCAGUUUCUCACAGAUAUCCUACCAAAGAAAAUCUUCGCUCGAGAUUACCUGAAGCUCAUAGAGGAAAAUCCAAUUGAGGAAGCAGACAAUUGAAAAGACAUGCAACCCUUCAAGCAAUAGUGGUUGCUAGCAUGUAGUCUGUUGAAGCUUUUUUUCUCCAGCUUAUUCCAUACUACUUCCAGGCGAUGGUAUUAUGUAGGCCAACAUCUUCCCUCAGACGUACUAGAGUAUAUUAUGUUUACUACCAUUAGUUGCCCAGUCUUCCAGAUAAUGGUCAUUCAGUUUGGGGUCAGAAAGAAUCAGUAUGUGAGUUGACUACAGAUAAACCAUUAAAAUCAUAAUCAUAUGUUGACCAUGAUACCACCCCCAUAUUCCCCCCUACAGCAAUCACCUGCUGCCGAAGAGAAACGUCUGUGCUUCCUCUGGUUUUGAUACCACUCAGUGCAAAUAGUGCAAGCUUUCAUCUGUUUUGGGCAUUCUUUUUCUAAACAAGAUCUUGAAGCAAAGGUUGAACAAAUCAGGUGCUUUAAAAAUAUAUAUAUAUAUAUAUUCCAGUUCUCAGGUCAAACCAAAUUGACUCAUUAGUUGUGUCCUUUUUAUAAAGAGGAACCCCAAUGCGCAGUCUAUCUACUUUAUGACUUUUUGUAUUAUAUACCUUUCAUUCAUAAACAAUGUUGAUAACUUAUCUUUAGAGAUCUACACAUGCAAACCGAUUCCUUUUAGCAACGUGACUGAGUAUAAAAGACACUUUAGACUUUUGCUGUGUUUAAUGUGAUAUAUUUACCAUAUUACUCAGUCAAAACCAUUGGUAGUUUCAGUACUGGGUGGUUGCAGGCAGCACUAAUUUAAUAUUGAAUCUCUAAUUUCAUUUUUUAGUAACAGCUCCUCUCAGAUUGUGGUGAAUUUACGAGGACAGGCAUUGCAAUAUUUCGGUUUAUGUGAAAAAAAAUCAUCACACAGACAAUGCUACAUUUAUUAAAUCAAAGUCUAAAUAUGCCACUGUGUGUGGUUGAACUAUAAAGCAGGCUACUGUAACUGCUAGCGUGUAUGGUCUCAAAAAUGGAAAGAAUGCACUGAACUUGAACCGCUGUGUAUAUAUUUUCUACAAGUGUUUAACAGCAAUUUCAUCCCAUCUAACGAUUGAGACUUGCCUUUUGGAUGUUUUUGUGUUCCAUAGUUUAGUUAAUGAAAAUAAAAUCUUCAUGCUCUACA